CCGGGGCCGGGGGAGGGCAGCGGCCGCCCGCCCGCCCCGCCGGGGAGAGAGCGCCGGGACGCGGCGGGGACGGCCGCGCCGAGGCACCAUGCGGGCUCCGCUGCUGCUGCCGCUGCUGCUGCUCGUUGUCAGCUCUCAGGAUGUUACAAACGCAAGCCCAGAAGGAACGCAGACCACCACAACUCCAAACACUAGCAAGACGGAAGAGGCCACAUCCACACGCAACCUGGGAAGCCCACCAGCCACCUCUGCAAUGCCACAUACCACAGUUCAAGAGACCAAACCUACAAGCAAGCCGGGAAACCCAGCGUCCACCUCUGCGACAUCACCCACUGCUGUUCAAGGGACCAGCCCUACAAGCAACCAGCAAAACUCAUUAACCACCACAGAGAGGUCAUUUACCACAGCUCAAGGGACAACCCCCACAAAAAACCCAGGGAAGUCAUCACCCACCCCCACGACAUCACUCCACCUGCCUCAGCACAUCAGCUCUUCAGGCAGCUCUGGAGCCUCAACAGCCACCCCUGCUGCAGCUUCCAGCGUGGCCCAGCAGACUACCAGCCCUCCGGCCAGCUUGGGAAGCUCGGCAGGCACCACUGCUGCAAGUUCUGUCCCCAUUCGUGUGAGCAGCACUCCAGCCACCACAGGAGGUUUAGGGGCUGCUAGCGCAGCUCCUCCCAGCAUUGAAGCUCAGGGAGGCCAGCCUUCGGACCAACCGACCAGCACCACUACGAGCACCGGAGUCCCAACGAGCAGCCCUCCCUCCACGCCCAAGGACCACAGUGCCUUUCCUCCCACAUCUGUCACCAAGCAGCUUCAGUCUUCUCCCAGUUCUCCAGUCCAGGAACUGGCCUCUUCCACCAAACCUGGAAGCAUCGAUACUUCUAUUACCCCUUUUGGUGGAGCCAUCUCCCCCACCACUAGUAAAGCCUCUCUGUCUUUACCACCUGGCAGCAUCAACAAGGUCUCAGACACAACCACCGUGACAACCCUUGGAACAGACCAGAGCAGCCAUGACGCCAGAUCUGUGUCAACCACCCCUGCCAGCACUGACCAGGCCCCUGCCAGCGCACGGCCAUCAGCCCCAGCCCUGGGCGACCAGACGGCGAGCAGCAGUCCCGGCCACCUGCACCCUAACACUUGUUUCCAAAAUAAGGUCAUCUGUAAAGACCAGGUGCAAAAUAACUGGCCCACCAUGUAUCUGAAAGAAGCUAAAACCUGUGCCGAGUGGAGGACCGCCAGCAUCAACGUCUCCUUCUUUGAGAGCUUCUGCUCGACGGGCCAGCACGCUUUCAACGCCAGCAGGGAAACGUGCACGGUGCUGCUGACCUCCCACGAACCCCACUCCCAGCACUGGGCCGUGCAGGCGGUCGUGCACCUCCCCUUGGAACCUGAAAAAGUCCUUGAGGAGCUGAAGAAGAAGGAUAAGUUAGAGGAGCUCGGCAUCGUCAACGUCACCUAUGACAAACUGGAGAGGGACAUGAUAAUCAACGAUGAGUUCAGCACGCCCCUGGUCAUCACCAUCGUCACCCUUGCCGGCUCCCUGCUGCUGAUUGCGGCCAUCUAUGGCUGCUGCCACCAGCGCUUCUCCCAAAAGAAGGACCAGCACAUCCACCCUGAUCUCCCCGGGUUUGAUGAUGGACAUGUGGCCCUGAUCUUUAAUCAGCGCCUGACCGAGGAGCUGCAGACGAUGGAGAACGGCUACCACGAUAACCCCACGCUGGAGGUGAUGGAGACCUCCUCUGAAAUGCAGGAGAAGAAGGUGAACCUCAACGGUGAGCUGGGGGACAGCUGGAUCGUUCCUCUCGACACCCUCAUGAAGGAGGACCUGGAGGAAGAGGAGGACACGCAUUUAUAGGAUACAGAACUCAAUCAAGCAUAAAACGACCACCCCACCCCCCAAGAAAACCACCCAUAAUCCAUACACACACACGCACACACCACCAAAACAAGACAAAAUUCCCAACAAACCCCAGAAAAAUCCCUUAAUGAACUAACCGCAGCCCCUCGUGCCACCACAGGGGGUGCAGGAUGGAAGAAGAAGGGACACGAGAGGACACCUCCGGGGCGCCCUGUCAGCACAAGCUACCAUGGUGGCCACAUCCAGACAAGCAUCCUCCAUCACCCGCGGGUGCUCGGCAGGACCUACCAUGCCAGCCCUGACUAGCCUUGGGUGAACAGGGUGGGUUUUCUCCCGAAGAGCUGCUGGUGUCUCCUCCCAGUGUGUCCCCUCCUGUCCCGCAUCCAACCGCAGCCUCCAGCUACCGAGCAACUCAAAAAAUUGAAAGAUAUAAAAUGUAAAUAGGAUGGGAAAGGGAGCAAAACGCCUGACAGCAAACCGGCACCUGGCAAUUAGAGCUAGAAAAAUCCUCCGGCCCACGCGGUUUAGUCAUCGCUCUGCCCUCCCCGACACGAAACACCCAGGUAUCGAGCGGAAAAAAAGCUGCAACAGCUUGUUCCUUUAUAACCCAGUUUCCAUCCUCUCCCCAUAAACUGCCGGCUAAAACGCACAAGAGCCCCACGUUGUGCCACAGGCAGACGAACGCAUCCAGACCGGGCUGGACGGGGGGGAUGCAGCAGUGCCAAGUGAUGCUCAGUCCCGCGCCACCGCCGGCUGCGCCGCAAAGGGCUGCGGGACGGAUCCUGCACCCGGCUGGAGAGCAGGUUGAGGUAAAGGGGAGGGAGAGGAAAAGGGAGUAAUUCCUUGAGUUCAUCCCUCCUAGGAAGGGUGUAACGAGGCCAGGAGCGAUGUCUGGUCGCUAGCCCAGGCACGAGGUUGGGGGUUUUGUGGUGCAGGAGCCCAGCUCCAGCGCAGACCAGCUCUGCCACUGCACUUCCCUACAGAAGCAUUGACUGCCUUCCCGUAGUUACGCAGCAGCAUCUCACGGCCCACAUCCAUCCUCCCUAAAGACCGUGGGUUACGUGCGCCGUGGUGGUUUGUGAUUUUUGUGAUCCUGUUCUCCUGCAUGAGCAGCAGAAAAGAGCAACAGAAGCUCAAGCCAGGUAGCUUGGUGGCAUUCAGGGUCUUCCAUCGGUACAGCCCUUGGUGUUUCCUCCCCACGAGGUUUAUAAGCUCAGUCCACACUCUCAAGCUCUUCUUUGAAAGCCAGUAAAAUAACAGAGACCUGUAAAGAAACUUCCAGCUCAGCAGUGAAGCUGAGAUUGAGCUUUGUCCUGCAGCCCUUGGUCUCUUGUCCAGGUCUCCCUUUGCUGUAAGUCUUUAGAGGGGAAAAGAAAAACAUGCAGGAGCAGAAAGUGGCUGGACUGAGGCCAUUUCUGAUUUUUCACUCCCCAACACAGCUCCUAAAUGGCUCUAAACAGAUGGGGAGGGUUUCACACCAGGCACCUUUGCUCUGGCUUCUGUGAAGCAGCUCAGCCCCGGCAGAGGCAAGGAUCAGAGCGGGGCUCCAUCCAUCCUCCAGCACACAGGAGGAGAGGGCCAGAAGGUCGCUUGGGCGAGUGCAUCUCCCACCACAUGAGGAUGACGGUGGUCCCAAGCCCCCUGCAAGCCAGAGGACCUGCAGAUGAAGGGUGAUGCCCGAGCACGGCCCUUCCUCUCCCCUGCUUGCCGUAAACUGUGCAACGUAUGAUGGGGUGAUUUCCUUCGGGCUCUGCCACCAAGUCAACACGACGGGGAUCCGCUCCCACGGCUGCCCUGAACACGGGGAAAAGCAGAGCCGAGCAAUGGAAAGCUUGGAGAAACCCAGGUCGAGUCAGUCCUCGCGAGCGCUCGCAAAGGAGAGGGUCGGGGCGGUUUGCUCGGCCCCAGGACAGAAGCUGGCAGAAGAUAAGUCUUCUCAAAAGGACUGGCUCUUCCCCCUUCUCUCCUGCACGGAAGGGCAGAGUUUGAAGUGUUCAAACCUAUAUAUUUUUGUAUGUAAAUAUUCCUGCAACCCAUUAGCAAUGUAUCCAGCACACUUCACUUACCUGUGCACUGCACUAUGGGGAAGUCAUUUUGGAGGGCGGGGGGGAAUUAAGAAAACAAACAAAAAAAAGAAACAGAGAAGCAGCUAAAGGCCAGUCUGGUAGGGGAUCAAAAUUUGACACGAAGCAGGGAAGCGCCUCCCGCCCGGACAACCCCGCGCCAUGGCUUUGGCCCUGCUCUGGCAGCAUCGAAUUCAGCUCUUUAACGUUGCAGCAAAGCUCAGAGAACCGGUCUCGGCGCUUGCAAUUGCUUUCGUGAGCACAUCGCUUCCCAGGUGCCCCAAGAGACGAGCAGCGGGUCCGUGACCUCACGUUUCUGUCCUUCGCAGAAGAUAAACGCGUCGAAAACACAGGGCAGCAGCGAGGCUUUGGCUGCCGGGGCUGCUGUUGCCGUAAGGACACCCCUGGCAGAGCAUCUCCAGGCAGUCGGGUUUUGGCAUGUGCCUCAGAUCCCCCUUCCCAGAGAAGAGAUGCCAAAGUGCUUUAAUGAAUCAGGUCCAAAGACUUUCCAAGAGAACCCUACAAAGGCUUGAGAUCAAGCAACCUUAAAUCCUUCCGAGCAGAGACCAGUGAAGCUAUUAACUGCUCAGCAAGUGCUUACAAUGAUUUAUAUUUGAAUAGGAAUUGUACAUUUAUUUAUUUUUCCAGACACCAUAUUUUUAAACCACUAAUAUUUUAUAGUAGAUUUUCCUUCCCCUAUUUAAAGAACUAUUUCCACGGAAAAAAAAAAAAAAAAGCAGUAUGUUUUUUAUGUUGAGAACAUUCUUCUUGCAAAAAAAAAAAAAUCAGGUAGGAAAUGCAGUGAUGAGCAUCUUUGGCCUUAAUCCUUCCCUUUUUAGACUGUAGCCAUAAUUCUUAGACCAAAAAUAAAUUAAAAAAAAAUCUACCCAGGCAUUUCCUCCUUCCCUGCACCUCCCCCCCUUCCCCACGCUCCUCUUCUCUCCCCCAAAACAGCUUUAACAUCCCACACGUUGUACAAAGAGAUUAUCGCUCUUACCUUUCGGUGAGAGUUUUACAAGCAGCUCAGACGUCCUUGCAAGAGACUUUUCUAUUUUCAGAUUCACAAGGAACGUGUAAAUAUUUUAGGACCAUUUAUCUCCCGCUCACAGUGCCAUGACCCAACUGAUGAGGUUGAUGCUGUGACUGUUGCCUACAGAAGACACCCAGGAGACAUAAUCCAUAAGGGACAGCAGAAGGAGAACCUAUUUCCCGAGGCGGCUACCCGGUGAACCUUAUACGUAUAACAGCUCUUACGUACUGUAUAGCAGCAUCUCUCACGGGGACAGGAGUCUGAUUUACACUGGAAUUUACUGAGGAACUGGAUUGUAGAGAUUAUUCUUGCAUUUUCCUACAAAUAUAUUUUGAAAGCAUCAUGUAUUUGUCAAUAAACAUUCUUAUGUAAAA